AUGUUCCGCUGUGUGACAUCUGAUCUGAUUGUUCUCAUGUUGCCUGUGAUUCUGUUUUUUUGGCUAAUGCCUCUUACCUGGAGCUUUCAAGCUUUGAGUCCUGGUUGCCACCUCUACCCAUUUAAUGUAACCAUACGGACAGACAAGCGAGGGACUUGUCGAGGAACUCAAGUAGUCUAUGCUUGUGUGGGUUACUGUGAGUCGAGUGCUUUCCCGUCCCGUUAUUCUGUGUCACUGGCCUCCAACUUCACCCACAACAUAACAUCUGCUUCCCGCUGUUGCACCAUUAGCAAGGAUGCAAAGGUGAAAGUCCGUCUGCACUGUCCUCGUGGUCGACACAACGACGAUAUUGAGAUCUUGACUGCACGUGCCUGUCGCUGCAGCAUGUGUCACAAAUCCCGUUAUUGA